AUGAAAGGUUUAUUGGUGGUUUGAUUUGAGCCAAAAUUGAUUCCAAGAAUUUUCAAUGCAAUAUUGAAGGUUGUGGAGCUUCAAUUUAUCUUUGGAAAAAUGAAAACAAAGAAAAACCAUGGAAAAUGGAAAUUUAUGAAAAAAUGAAUUUUUUUCAAAACAAAACCAAAAAAAUUCUCGCGCUCGAUAAUUGGUAGAUCAAAAAUGAAAUUAGAAAAACGAACAUCAAUAAAAAAAUACUGUCCGUUCGCCAGCGAAGGAAACGCGCCCCAUCGCACUUCUUUUUUCUGCUGCCCCGAUUUUUUUUUGUUUUUGAAAAAACGGAAAUUUUCGUUUUUUUUUGUGUUUUCAAGUUGUUUUCGAAACUUUUUAAUAGUUUUUUGAUUUAGAUAGAUGAAUUGGGGGUAGAGUGUUCACCUUUCACGUGAUUUGUUUUGUUUUAUGAGUUUUUUGUGAUAAAAACCGCAAUUUUUCAAUUUCCAGGAUUUUCCGAGACCGAAAAAUGUCGAAAAAACCAUCUUUUCGAAUGGUAUUUCGAAUUUUCUGUCAUCUCUAGGUAAGUUAGCAGUACAUCAGAGUGUUCAAAAUGCAUAUUUUUUGAUUUUACAGAUGUUCGAAAAUUGCACGAUUUUGGCUCAAAUUUGCACAGAAAGUAGAUUUUUGGUAUGAAUAUAUGAGAAAGAGGCAAAGACAUACAUUUGAGGAGGAUUGGGCAUCUUCCCUAUCAAUAUUGGAGCAGUCUCAUCCCAAUUUUGAAUUAUUUUAGUUGGUAUUUAUGACAAUUACGGGAAAAAUCGCCAGCCGGAAAGAAAACUUGAUUAUAUGGCAUUCGGAGCAGGAAGAUUAUCAAUGUGAGUAGUGAGGUAAGUGUUCUUAAGCGCUCAUUCGGCUUUAUUUGACAAAUUUUAGAAAUAAAGUGCAAAAAACGUUUUUAUUUCUGGAAAAUCUUCGAAAAGUCUGUUCUUUUCACUCAAAAAACGUUAUUGCAAAUCGCAAUGCUAGCUAUCUAAACUGGUUGUACAUCCUAUUUCAUUUUUGACAAGUGAAAAUAUAAAUUUUUCUUUUUAUAUGCACAAAAAGUUAACUUUUAUCAAGAUAAAGUUUGAACAGUAUAAAACUCAACAAAAAGCUGGAAAUUGCCAUCUAAAAUCUUGAAUUAAAAUUCUUUUCUCGAUUUUGCAACAUUCUGAACAUUUCCAGGUUCAUCUAUUCUACUUGGCGCCACUAUCUUCGACUGAUUCAACAAUUGCACGAUUUUUUUCAAAUAUAUUCAAGUUUUCAUAA